AGUAACAUGGAAUAGGCUACUUUGCUCUAAUGGGCGGGCAAGGCAAGGCUAUGGCCAUGCCGCCUUCUCAUUCUUCCGCACUAGCAGGAGCUUCUUCCAGCCCUAGCGCUUCUUCCUCGUGCUCCUCCUCUUCCUCCUCGGGCGCCGCGGUCAUAGGUCUCAUUCGAGAUAGGGAUUCUUCGUCCAGCGCCUUGGAUCAUCAGCAGAGUAAGCGACGACAGCCUCCAGCGCCCGCGAUCGAUGAGGACGACGCUCCAAGUGCUAGGAUUCCAGCAGCAGCGGCGGCGGCAGCGGCAGCUCCAGCUAAGGAUUCCCUUGCCUAUGCCGAAAUAUUGCUGUCGAGGAGCAAGUUCGCGGAUGCCCAGCUGCUGUACAAGAGCGUGCUCGAGGCGGAGCCGAGCUGCGUCCAGGCGCUGGUCAGCAAGGGCGUUUGCCUCCAGAUGCAAGGUAAUGCGCGCCAGGCCUUGGAAUGCUUCGCGUCGGCGCUCAAGCUCGAUCCUUCCAAUGCUCGAGCCCUAACGCAAUGCGGCAUUCUCUACAAGGAAGAGGGCCAUCUGCUCGAAGCAUCCGAGGCUUAUCAAAAAGCGCUCCAGGCAGACCCAAAGUACAAACCAGCCUUGGAAAGCCUCGCGGUUGUCUUGACUGACAUUGGCACCAGCUUGAAGUUGUCUGGGAACGUCCACGAUGGUAUGCAAAAAUACUUUGAGGCGCUUCGAGCGGAUGCUACGUACGCGCCGGCGUUUUACAACCUGGGUGUCGUUUACUCGGAGAUGCUCCAGUAUGACACAGCUUUGAACUGUUACGAGAAGGCCGCGGCGCACAGGCCUAUGUAUGCCGAAGCAUACUGCAACAUGGGCGUCAUCUAUAAGAACCGGGGAGAUUUAGAUGCGGCAAUCGCUUGCUACGAGAGGUGCUUGGCUGUCUCUCCAAAUUUUGAAAUCGCAAAGAACAAUAUGGCGAUCGCGCUGACAGAUCUUGGCACUAAGGUGAAGCUUGAGGGAAACAUCCAUCAAGGCGUUGCUUAUUACAAAAAGGCCUUGCUCUAUAACUGGCACUAUGCCGACGCGAUGUACAACCUCGGUGUUGCGUACGGGGAAAUGCUGAAAUUCGACAUGGCAGUCGUGAUGUACGAACUGGCAUUGCAUUUCAACCCUCAGUGUGCGGAAGCAUGUAAUAACUUAGGAGUCAUUUACAAGGACAGGGACAAUUUGGACAGAGCCGUCGAAUGUUAUCAGGUUCUUCGUGUUUUUUCUGUACAAGCAACUGCUGAAACAAUCGUGUGCAUGCAGAUGGCUCUUACAAUAAAACCCGACUUUUCCCAGUCUCUCAACAACCUUGGCGUCGUGUAUACCGUCCAGGGAAAGAUGGACUCUGCGUCGGCAAUGAUCGAAAAGGCGAUCCUCGCAAACCCUUCUUAUGCAGAGGCUUAUAACAAUCUCGGUGUGUUGCAUCGAGAUGCCGGAAAUAUUUAUCUUGCAAUUGAGGCUUACGAACGUUGCUUGCGUAUAGACUCGGACUCUCGGAACGCCGGGCAGAACCGCUUAUUGGCAAUGAAUUACAUAUAUGAGGAUGAAGAUAAAUUAUACCAUGCUCACAGGGACUGGGGCAAGCGGUUUGUGCGUCUAUAUUCUCCAUAUACAACUUGGAGCAAUUCCAAGGAACCUGACAGACCACUAACCAUAGGAUACAUCUCACCCGAUUACUUCACUCAUUCUGUCUCCUAUUUUAUAGAAGCCCCGCUUAUGCACCAUGACUAUAGUAACUACCGGGUUGUCGUCUAUUCUGCAGUCGUCAAGGCAGACGCUAAAACACAACGCUUUAAGGACGCAGUGUUGAAAAACGGUGGUAUGUGGAAGGAAGUUUAUGGAAUCGACGAGAAGAAAGUAGCAGCUCUUGUCAGAGAAGAUAACGUGGAUAUCUUGGUAGAACUUACUGGGCAUACAGCAAAUAAUAAGCUCGGGGUUAUGGCGUGUCGUCCGGCUCCUCUUCAGGCCACCUGGAUAGGAUAUCCAAACACAACUGGGCUCGCCACAAUUGAUUACAGAUUUACAGAUUCAUUGGCUGAUCCGCCAGAUACCAGACAAAGGCACGUAGAGGAACUUGUUAGGCUGCCGGGAUGCUUUUUAUGCUACACACCUUCUGCCGAAGCAGGCCCAAUCGUUCAAGCCCCGGCUUUGACAAACGGCUUUGUGACUUUCGGAAGCUUUAAUAAUCUAGCGAAGAUAACUCCCCGGGUUGUUCGUGUUUGGGCCAGGAUACUCUGUGCCGUUCCGACAGCCAGACUAGUUGUCAAGUGCAAGCCAUUCUGUUGUGACGGAAUAAGGGACAAGUUUCUUGCCAAAUUCGAGGAGCUGGGCGUGCAGCCGAUGCGGCUUGAUCUAUUGCCUCUCAUUCUGUUAAACCACGACCACAUGCAGGCGUAUUCGUUCAUGGAUAUCAGCCUCGAUACAUUUCCAUACGCGGGUACCACGACCACCUGCGAAUCGCUCUACAUGGGGAUACCGUGCGUUACAAUGGCAGGCAAGGUCCAUGCAAACAAUGUGGGUGUUACGUUACUGAGCCAAGUCGGCUUGUGUAAUCUAAUCGCCCGGACGGAAGACGAGUACGUGAAGAAAGCUGUGGACUUAGCUUCGGACGUUUCAAAGCUCUCGGCAUUGAGGACUGGACUCCGAGACAGGAUGCUCAAGUCCCAACUUUGCAAUGGCCCGAGCUUCGUCCAAGGCUUGGAAGCGGCCUACCGUACCUUGUGGCAAAGGUAUUGUCAGGGAAUUGUACCAUCGCUCGUUAGGCUUAGAGACGACCAGGCCGACGGCACCCACUCGGACAACACGAACUGGGUGAACGGCUUCAAGUCGACAGCAAAUGGUUUUGGGUCGGCCAUUAUUUCGGACACUAGAACCAGGUAGAAAGGUACGCACGCUUCCAUUUUAUAGGCCAGAGGGAAGGAUCACUGGGAUGAAGCACUUCACCAUUGUUUCCUCCUGUCUUCCUUUUAUUUACAGUGCAGGGAGUGCAAUACAGAGACCACCAAAUGGACACAAAUAUAUAAGAUUUCCGAUGAUUUCUAGUUGCA